AGCAAUAAUAGCAAGCACCCUGAAAGCUGCCUAGCUAGUUCCAGUGCUUCAUCCGCUACCUGCUGCCCAUCAGACCUGGACAAACUGAAACAGAGAAAUGUGGACCUCAGUACUGUGGAUUUGAAAAGCACUUGAAUGCUUUGAGUGCUGCUUAAUGGGCCACACCAGUAGAAGCAUGGAAGACAGUGGUGCUGUAUGUGAUUCGAUGAACUGUGGAGACCUUGCUCAGGAGGAUUACGUCAUGUCAAAAUACAAACUGAUUUAUUUUAAUAUAAGGGGGAGAGCAGAAAUUAUUCGUUAUAUAUUUGCUUAUUUGGACAUAAAGUAUGAAGAUCACAGAAUAGAACAAGCUGACUGGCCCAAAAUCAAACCAACUCUUCCAUUUGGCAAAAUCCCUGUUUUGGAGGUAGGAGGACUGAUGCUUCACCAAAGUCUCGCAAUAGCAAGAUACUUGACCAAAAACACAGAUCUGGCUGGGAAGACAGAAAUGGAGCAAUGCCAAGCGGAUGCUGUCGUGGACACACUGGACGAUUUCAUGUCGCUUUUUCCGUGGGCAGAGAAAAACCAGGAUGUAAAAGAACGGACCUUCAAGGACUUGCUCACAUGUCAUGCGCCUCCUCUUCUGAAAGAUUUGGACACAUACUUAGGGGACAGAGAGUGGUUUAUUGGUGAUUAUGUGAGUACACGCAUGUUUAAAAAUACCAGCACUUGUAUUUAG